CACGAUUUUACACAGAUUCUCUAUCUGAUAGGCAAAGGAAAUGGUGCUAGUUGUAAACUCAGCCAGCCUCAAUUACAUCUAGAGUACAGAUGAGGUUUCCCAAUUCGACGUUACCCAUGUGCAAUGUCGCACCGGCUAGGCCCUGUAUCAGGCAAUCGUGUAGUAUAUAAAUACCUCAUACCCGCUGUCAAUUCUUCUCUGCGUUAAAAGGACUUCCUCUAUAUCCUUUAUCCUUUAUUGUCCAUCAUAACUAUGGCCGACCAGGUUAAUUCAAGCCUCAUGGCGACGCACAAUAGUCUUCCGGGGCUCUCGUAUGGAUCAACAGUCCAGCUCAAACCAGUUCCAAAGUCAGAGUACCACCUACACGGAUACGAGCUCCCAUUGCCUACUACUAGCGGCCCUUCGGUAUCUUCCUCAAUGAAGAGCUUGGCUAGCCCUCUUCAGCUCGGCCGGGGCGAUGCAGAGACUAAACAAUAUGUCAUCAAAGCAAACUGCUGGGGCAUCACUCUGGCACGUCAUUUCGAAGCCCAGCUCGGCUUUAUCACCUUGAAAUUGGAGGGUGCUAUGGAGCACAGUGGGCACCCAGAGAUGGAUGAUACCCCGCAUCCGACGUCGAACAGCGAUGUGACAGAGUUCAACUUCUGGGCUAUCGACGACAAGAGUAUUAAUCUUCACCUCUCUUUUCGACGAGGCGAUGGUAAGUUACACAUUGCUCAAUGGUUCAGCGGCAAGUGGCACGAAUGGGGAGCUAUUAGGUUCCACGACUUGUUCGGUUGUGGGGAUGGUAUCCCCGUCGAUGAGGAGAUUCGGAUAUCGUGGAAUGAAAAGGCGCAGAUUUAUAAUCUCGAUACAGGUCGGGAUAUUUGGCACCUGGAUAUGCAGCCCCUCGCGGCUACUUACUAUGUGAAUUACAAGACGCAUCCCAAUCGGAUUUGGAAGGCAAGCUUGGACAUGGAUUAUAAGUAUGAGAUUUAGGCUCUAGGUAAUGCGCGACUGCGGUGGCUGACGGAUAACUAUGCGAGCUAUCGCUUUGGGCUCGGGGCUUGCUUGAUCUUUAAAUAGUC